CUUGUUCUUGAUUUCCAUGCUUGAGCUUAAGAUUCCGUAUCACCUUCGUCGCGCAGAAUUAUAACUUCAUUCACGAGCUGCAAUGUUCACGUCGCAGGAUCGUCGUUUCCGAUCCACUCCCAUCGAUGGGUAUCCUACACAAACGUCCGAUCUUCAGGCUUCCACCGAGGAUAUAUUCAUCCAGCAGCUUCCCCUGUCUGCUUUUGAGGGCGGAGCGAGGGCAUCAGCACAAGGACCGACGCUUCAUCGGGACUUGCAUCUCCAGCUCUUGCUGCGAAACCUGCUCCAGGGCUUCCCGCAACGAUAUACCUCUCAAGAUGCUAGCCAACCUUGGUUGUUAUUCUGGACGCUCCAGGGUUUCAGUGUGCUUGGCGUAGCGUUAGAUGAUAAAACGAAGAAAAGGGCCAGAGAGACCCUUCUUGCUCUCCAACAUCCAGAUGGCGGAUUUUCCGGUGGACCAGGGCAGGCAGCGCAUCUACUGCCGACGUAUGCCGCCGUCUGUGCCUUAGCCAACGUCGGACAGCCGGGUACGGGGGGCGCUUGGGACGAUAUCGACCGCAAGAAGAUGUACGAGUUUUUCAUGUCUCUGAAGCAGGAGGAUGGGUCAUUUCUGGUAACUCGCGACGGGGAGGUGGAUGUUCGAGGCUUGUACUGCCUCCUCUCUGUUGCUACUCUACUCAAUCUUAUGACUCCGGAGCUUCUGGCUGGCAUCCCCGAGUUCCUUGUUACUUGUCAGACAUACGAGGGGGGUUUUGGGAAUGCCUCUUUUCCAGAAUGGGCUUUUGAAGGGGGUGACAACGGCGUAAAGUAUGAUCCUUCGGCACCUCGCCCCGUUCUGGGCGAAGCGCACGGCGGAUACACGUUCUGCGCAUUGGCAUCAUGGGUGCUCAUCCAGCCUUACAUCCAUCUAUAUUAUCCUACUCCUUCUGGCUCUCCUCCUCCAUCUAUCAAUCUCCGCGCGCUUCUGCGCUGGCUCACACACAUGCAAGGAAUACCUAUCGAGCUUGGCGGCUUCAAGGGGCGCACGAACAAGCUCGUUGACGGGUGCUACAGCUGGUGGGUUGGCGGCUGCUUCGCACUCGUCGAGGCCCUCUUUGGUCCAUCACCAAGCGCAACGUCGGCUUCUUCUGCAUCGCAAGAGAAGAAAGACGCCAAUACGGCCGCUGGGGAAGAUGAGGCGUGGGAUGACGUCGACGAUGCGCUUAUGAACCGAGAAGCGCUCCAGGAGUAUAUUCUGUAUGCCGGACAGCAUUCUGCAGGAGGGCUGAGAGAUAAACCGCCAAAACCGGCGGACUCGUACCAUACCCUAUACUGUCUCGCAGGCCUCUCAGCGGCGCAACACCGGGUCACACCUGUCGCAAGCAGGAAGAAAGUUCUAUUGCAGAACUGGAAAGCAGACGAAGCGAAAUCGAGGGACGGCACUGCAGUGCAGUUGGCGUCUGCCGAUGAAUUGGCACGAUUGGAUGAAUUGCGGAAGGAAUGUUUUGCUAGCGCGCUGGACUGGCUAGAAGACGAGGGCGCAGAUAUAUACAUAGGUGGGAAUGCAAACCGUUUGAACGCGACACAUCCGCUGUUCAACCUCACAGUGACCCAUGCUGAGCUCAUGAUGACACAUUUUUAUGGGCAAAGCGUGCCGCCGCACAGAGCCAGGUGAGCUGCGGCGGCGUGAUGCUGCAAUUUUGACCCUAGAUCUUACUCCGAGCUCCGGGCUGUGGAUUGUUCGUUUGCCGGACACAACUUCGCUAUUGAAAAGUCACUACGUCCUGUCAUAGUAAUGUGAUGGUCUCUAUGUUACGUGUACGUUCAAAUAUCAGCUCAUCUGACCAUCAUAAUAUUCAAAACUUCGGA